AUGGCUGUAAUGGACGAAGAUUGGGAAGAAUGGACACCCGAGAAAGGUUCCUUUAUAAACCACAUGUUGGCAGGUUCAGUUGCUGGUGUUGCUGAGCACGUAUCAAUUUUUCCUAUCGAUACAGUUAAAACACAUAUGCAGUGUCAACAAUGUCCUGUUAACGGCAAACCAUUGACAAUGACAGCAAUGCAAACAGCACAUUAUCUCAUAGCAAAAGAAGGACCAGUUCGACUCUUUCGAGGAGUUAGCACCAUGCUUGGGGCUAGUUUACCAGCUCAUGCUAUCUACUUUUCAAUAUUUGAAACAGCUAAGAAGGCAUUGGGUGCUGAUACAAACACAUUGACACCCAUGGCCUCGGGUUCAGCAGGUGUUGUUGCAACUGUGUGUCAUGACUUGAUUAUGACUCCAAUGGAUGUUGUCAAACAGCGUCUACAAUUAGGAUACUAUAAUGGAGUUGCAGAUUGUUUUAAGAUGGUGAUGAAACAUGAAGGAUUGCGUGCUCUUUAUAUUAGCUUUCCCACGACGCUCUUGAUGAACUUGCCAUACAGUAUGAUAAUGGUGUCAGCCAACGAGAGUUUUAAGAAGAUUUUGAACCCAUCGGGAGAAAUGAAUGUCUCAGCUUAUGUCGCCUCUGGUGCUGCUGCUGGAGCAUUGGCUGGAGGGCUGACAAACCCAUUGGAUGUGGCCAAGACACGGUUGCAAACUCAGUCAAUGAUCAUUGCUGAGGAAGCCUCGGUAGGAAUUCGUGCAUCACGCACAAAGACGGCUUUGAUGUCGCCUCGCUUCCCGAAACCCGAGCUAAAGUGUCCAUCUCGUACCCGUUGUGCGCAGCUCCAGACGCGUGGCGUAUCCAUCACAGUUCCCUCUUCGUGUUCGAUCAAUGGCCGCCCUGGGGGUGAACGUGUGGAACCGGUUUUGCGCCGUCAGUAUGCUGGCCUAAUGGACGCGCUAGUUCAAAUUAAGGCGCAGGAGGGCUUUUCGGGCUUUUUUCGAGGCAUUUACCCGCGUCUUCUAGUGCACGCGCCUUCCGUGGCGGUGUCUUGGACGACUUUUGAAGUAUUAAAGAAGACCCUCGACCGUCUGAAUGCCGACGACGAUUAG